GGGAGGCGGAGCUUCGGCGGGUCCUCGCGGCGCGAGCUGCACGUUGUCCGGAAUCCGCCGCGCGCGGACAGCAGCGCCAAAGCGAACGGAUCUUAUUUCCUCGCUGAGAUCUUAUCUCGUUUGUGCUCGAAGCAAGCAACGUUCCCUGCUUCCGCCCUCCCGUCUCCCUCGCCCGCCUGUUCCGUGCGUUCACCACUCGCUCACGGAAGUGGCGUCUUCCGCAGAUUGGUGCUGAAUUUACCUCCGUUGCAGAAGGUGUCAGUCGGAGCCCCCGGAGAGGAUGGAGUACAUGAAGGAAGCCGUCGCCAGCAGCCAGGGACACAUUUUAUGCUGUCAGUGCGGCACUCCCAUCUCGCCGAAUCCCGCAAACAUGUGUGUUGCCUGCUUGAGGACUCAGGUUGACAUCACAGAAGGAAUCCAGAAACAAGUAAAUGUUCACUUUUGCAGGCAAUGUGAAAGGUACCUUCAGCCGCCAGGAACUUGGAUGCAAUGUGCAUUGGAGUCUCGAGAACUCUUAACUUUGUGUCUUAAAAAACUGAAGUCGUCCUUGACUAAGGUACGGCUGAUUGAUGCUGGUUUUAUUUGGACUGAACCACAUUCAAAGAGAUUAAAGGUCAAACUUACUGUUCAGAAAGAGGUAAUGAAUGGAGCAAUCUUGCAGCAAAUUUUUGUUGUGGAUUUUGUCAUUCUGCACCAAAUGUGUGAUGAUUGCCAUCGUGUUGAAGCUAAGGAUUACUGGAAAUCAGUUGUCCAGAUCCGACAGAAGACUUCACACAAGAAAACCUUCUAUUACUUGGAACAGUUGAUCCUUAAACACAAGCUGCAUCAAAACACACUUCGUGUCAAGGAAAUUCAUGACGGACUGGACUUUUACUAUGGCUCCAAGCAAAAUGCUAUGAAGAUGGUAGAUUUCCUGCAGUGUACAGUUCCUUGCAAGUACAAAGCAUCUCAACGUUUGAUCUCCCAUGACGUUCACACCAACAAUUAUAAUUACAAAAGUACCUUCUCUGUGGAGAUUGUUCCUAUCUGUAAGGACAAUUUGGUAUGCUUGCCACCACGACUGGCACAAAGCCUUGGAAAUAUGGGCCAGAUUUGUGUAUGUGUCCGCGUUACCAACUCUAUCCAUCUUAUUGAUCCCAAUACCUUGCAGAUUGCAGAAGUUGACGGCUCAACGUAUUGGCGAUACCCCUUUCACAGUCUGUGCAAUCCUGGGCAUUUGGACGAGUUUAUUAUAAUGGAGAUUGACAUCAUUAGAAACUAUAAACACAUUCCUGGUGCAGGCACAAAAUCCAAAAGGCACACAUUGGCUGACGUUUGGGUACAGAAAACUUCAGAGAUGAACACAAACCAGCAGUAUCAUUGUCGUACUCAUCUAGGUCACCUUCUCAAUCAUGGUGAUUUAGUUCUAGGGUUUGAUCUGGCUAAUUCAAAUCUCAAUGAUGAAUAUGUGAACAAGAUGAACCCUCACCAUGUUCCUGAUGUGGUGUUGAUUAAAAAAAGUUAUGAUCGUGUUAAGCGCAUACGUCGCAGGAACUGGAAGCUUAAAGAACUGGACAAAGAUGCUGGAGACAUGGGAUCAGACAUUGACAAACAAUACUUGGAAUUCCUUGAGGACCUUGAGGAGGAUGACAUAAUUAGGAAGAAUGUUAAUAUCUAUCGUGAUUCCUCAAAAGUCCCAGUAGAAAGUGAUACUGAUGAUGACUGCGCUCCUUGUAUCACCUUAACAGACAUGCUGGAAGAUCUUUGCAUUUCUGUUGAUGCCACAGGUGCUGAAGGAGCUGAUAUGAUUGAGUGAAAACACCUUUUGAAUUGAACGUUGGCUAACAGAAUAUCAUUAAUUUACUUUUGGUUGUAAUUGUAUACUGGUUGUAAUUGAAUACUGAUAGCCAGAUUUGAAUGAAUAAAGCCUGUUCUUUAGAGACAUUCAAAGUAUCACAAACUUAGUUUAAUAUUUAAUAGAAGUAUGCUGAGAUGUGAUUUAACCAGUGAGGGUGUGCUUGACAUUUGAAAUAUAUACUUUGACUUGAAAUUAGUGGAAACUUAAAUAAAAAAUUCUACUAGUGCCUUACUUUUUCAAUAAGUUUCUCUUUUGCAGUUUCUGAAAUAAAUUUGUGGAUUCGUUCUGAUGACCAUUUGAAACUUCAACUUUUCAAAGCCUCAUCUGUAAAACAUUUCUUUUAUCUUAAAAAGGAUCAAGUUUAAUGUGUUUUUUUUUCCUCAAUUGAAACGAUGGUCGCUGAGGUUGUUUCACUGUAGGUAAGGUUCUAAGCUAUGAUUUUUUAAAAAACUCUUUCUCAGCACCCAUGGAUACUAAUGCAGCAUGCUUCAUACAGUAGAAUGCAGAAAAGUGUAUAACACAGGAGUGAAAGCAAUAACUGCUGAACGAUAAAAGACCGAGGUCCAUCUAGUUUGCAUGCCUUCCAGGCGGUUGUGUGCACAUACGUCCCAAACUACCUAUGUACUAUAUCCCAUAAUGUUAUUUCCUAAAAGAAAACUAAUCUGUGUUUGAAAGAAACACAGAUAACAUGCCUAAUCCGUAACCAUAUUAGAUCAUGUUUGUGCUUUGAAUAAAACAAUUUUAAGUUUUUCACCGGCUGUUUUGUAUUCUUCCAAAUGAUUGUUUUAGACCGAAACACCAGCUCAUAAAUUUGAUUAAUUUGAUUGGUCAAAAUUAAAUAUAGCAUCUUUGAUGGAAAAGGAUUUUAAAUAAUUUUGCUUUAAGAAUUUCUGUUAUAGGUAUUGAAAAAUGUAAUUCUGGACUGUAGACAACACUGCAGAUAAGGUUGUAUGAUCCUGCCAAAUCCUUGAGAAAUGAGACUUCUAAUCUUGCUGUAAAAUCGGAAGUCUCAAUUAGCUAAAUAAAUAGUUUGUGAAUACCACAA